CAAAGAGCUGCUGCUGCUGCUGCUGCAGGUAAAACAAGAAGGAGCCGAAAACACUCAUGUAGUGCGAUGGACGCGGAUUGUGCGGGGACGUGAAGCCUGGUUGUGUUGCGGGAGAAAGACGAACGUGUUUGUGCGGGAAGCGGAAAACAAACAAACAAAAAGAAAAAGCGCAACACCGCGUGCGUCUGAAAGUGCCGCUGCGUCAACCAUCGUCUCGGGCACGUUUUGUACGGAGCAACUUGGACAGCUGCGUGUUUCCAGCGCACAACAAAGAAUGAAAGCAUUCAAACGAGCUCUGGAGGAAGAGCGCCCGGAGCAGGAGCACUCCUCGGCCAUGUCGGACAGCGAUGACGGCUCCCCACUCGACCUGUCAGGAAGGGGGCUCCUAGGGAAGCGCCGUCGCCGUGGCAACCUGCCCAAGGAGGCGGUGCAGAUUCUGCGGAGCUGGCUGUACGAGCACCGCUUCAACGCCUACCCGUCGGAGCAGGAGAAGCUCAGCCUGUCAGGCCAGACCAACCUCUCAGUGCUGCAGAUAUGCAACUGGUUCAUCAACGCACGUCGCCGCCUCCUCCCUGACCUGCUUCGCAAGGAUGGAAAAGAUCCCACUAAGUUCACCAUCUCCAGAAAGGUUGGUGGUAAAAGCGAUGGCCACUCAUCUAAUGGAGGGGGAGCCAGCUCCCCUGAGAGAAACUCUUCCCCACGUUCAUCUCAACAGCGCCCGUCUGUCAUCCGCUCCGGCCCCACGCUGGACCUCAGUCUUCUUGGCAACACGGCGACAGCCAUCUUGACGGGAGCAGGCUACCCGGGUAUAGAAGGAUCCGUGCAGGCGCUCAUGAGGCUGGACACACAAAGUUUGCUAAGGGAAGCAGAGGAGCAAGGGUUUAAUCAAGCUUGUCUUACCAGCACAACAAUGGCAGCUAGCCCCAACAGCGGCCUCUUCAACACGCCUCCCCCAACUCCCCCUGAGCUGUUCCCCACGCAGGACUUCAGCGACUUGAGGCUCCUAGUGGACGCGGCUCUACAGAGGGCAGCGGAGCAAGAGAACCUGAAGAGGCUCCAGGAGAGCCAGAGCAAACCAACAGAAGUUGUAAAGACUGAACCAGAGGAAGCACAUUGCAGUGCCUACAGCAGCGAAAUGGGCCCCACGCCACCUCCAGAAGACAACCAACAGGUGAUGGAUGCCUCCAGAGCUCAGAGUCUGAUGGAAAGGGCGAUGGCAGUUCCGGUGUCUGCUUUAACUUCAGGCAAGACUCCAGAGGCUCAGUCCCCAGCAGCCCCUGUACUAGUUCCAGCUUCUGUCUUGGUCUCAGCCCCCAGGCUGUCUCCUCUCCCCAUUAAUAAAGUCAUCUGGAGCCCCUUGGACAAGGACACAGCCAGAGCUUCCAUCCCAAACCAGCCUCAGCUCAUCCCGGCCCAUCUGCCAACCUUAAUGCAACUGUCGGCUUCUGUUUUUGGACAGCUGGAUUCUCAGAAAGCAGUGGCUGCUCCUCCAUUAGCACCAGUCUCGAGCUCAGCUCCUGCUCCACUGCCCACUUCUAUCAGUGCAACAGUGCCAGCUACAAGCCCAGUCUCUGUGCCAAUAAGUCCCACCUCUGUAGUGGCUUCACAUCCAACUGUCGCGCUUGUUCCAACAUCUGCUGCCGCGGCCAUUACCUCUCUCACAUCCCCCAGAGGAUUCCCACUUUACCUGCCAUUCCACAAAUCCCCUCUAAUCCCUGUCACAGUUCCCUAUCCAUCAACCGUCUCAACCUCCACAUUUUCUCCAGCCCCUGCUGCCCCCCCAGUCUCUGCCUCUGCCCAGGCUUCAGUUCAUGUCCCAGCUUCAGCCCUGACGUCUCCCGUCUCUCCAACGAUCACACCUCUCGCAGGCCUCAUCUCCCAGUUCUCUCCUCCUCUUCAGCCCUCUUCCACAAGCGGCAUUAGUAGUAAUACCCAGAGGAAUUCAGUGGUGGCACCCAGUGUGUGGAGCAUGGUCCACGCUGACACCAGGCAACCCACGUCUCUUCAAGUGGUAAAGACCCCUAUCACUGCAGCGUGGGGCCCACAGCACAGUCUGCACACAGUGAGUGAAACUGUUAACUAGGAGCUGGGACUGGCCAAGAACCCUUUUGUAUUUCUGCAGAGGAGGCUUGACAACACUGUAUAUAUGAGAAUGUAUCUUCAUCACCAGUCCUUCUGCAUUAGAACCUGUGCCUGCAGGACACACAGCAAUGAAAUGAAGUGUCGGACAUGAGGUGUUUUUAGAGACGUGCUGUUUCAAGCAGCUUUUAUUGUUUUUAAUAUACUGUUCUUGAAGGACGCUUUUGCGGCGCCAUUUCUCUCCAGUGCAGAGUAAAUGUAUUGUGCAAAGUUUUUGAUGCCAUUUUCAAAACAACUUUCCAAGUUCCAAUUCAUGAACGAGGAGGAAAAUAUCCCGUAAUUGUACAAAAUUGAAAUCGGUGUAAUUAUCAGCACCAGCACAGUUGGCCUCUUCAGUAACAGUACUGGACUUUGAUGAAUGUACAAAAGGCACUGACAUCGAUGGCUAAGCUGCCUUUCACCCAUUAUACACCCAGGAUACAAAGGAGGAUGUUACUGUUUUUUUUUUUUUAUAUGUACAGCAACAACUCCUCAGUAGCUGUGCAAUUUAAAUUUAGUCUUUUCUUAAUCCACUACAUAUUCCUUUUUCUUUCUUUGUGGCGCGAUGAGCAAAACAGAAAUUGAUUGUACUGCAGCAACUUUGACUCGCCUCAAUUUGUCUGUCACCACGUCUCCAUCUUCCUGUUUUUUUUAAUAGCUGAGGGGAUUCAUCGACUCUCAUGAUUAGUCAUCCCAACCACUCAACAAGCCCCACAUCUGUCUUUCUGUGUCGUUUCAGUUCUCCACGUGUAUUCGGCCAAACAGUAAUAUUUUCUCUAACUGUUUAAAGCAUAUCUGUCACUUGCAUGUGUGACCUUGCAAUGAUUGUGGUGGGGUGGGGUAUGACAUAAGGACAUAGGGGAGAAGGUCACAUCGGAUCUGUUACACAAAUCAAUUUCAGCAGAGAGGUGAGCAGCCCUGGUGAUCCGAUGGCCUCGAGCUCUCACGGCUCCUGAAAUGAAAUGUUACACCCGCCGUGAGACAUGGCACCUUUUUAUCUCUUAACGUUGCAUCCUCUCAUUCAGAGGAAAGCUAAAUUAUACAUAUUCCCCUGUCGAUUGAUUGGGUCAACUUCACUCAAACCUCGGAUGUCUUAAUAGCGCUAAAGCAAAUGUAGCAGUUGUACUAAAGUAGCUGAUGUGAUGUUCUUCUCUAUUCCAGGAAGGUUCAGCAGCAUACAUGUGUAGUUUUUUCUGUCAUUCCUUUUUUUCCCAGCCUGUUUAGAAAUGGGUUCUGUUGUCUUUGUUCUAAUCAUUCCUGAAGCUGUAGUUUCUAUGAAACUGUCUUAGCAUAAACCACAGCAUAUGACUGAAUUCCGGCUGUAGGUCUAGUAGCGGUAGCAUCGUGUGGAAUAAUCAGGUUCCCAUGGGAAUAAUACUGUAGCAGAAAUACCAUGUUUACCAGAGUCUCUGAGCCUUUGUUUGGUUCAAACGGUUACAUUUAGCAUGUGCACGGACCCAACAUCAAAUGUGAGGUCAUUCUACUGCUGAGCACUGACCCCAGCAAAUCGCUCCAUCUUCUUGUUCCUGGCAGAUGUGGAAACUUUCUUUUUGUACUUGGUCUUCUCACUGCCAGUUGUCAUCAGUACAUGUCAGUGGAGGGUUUUUUCUUUAUUGUCACAGGUACCAGACUGAUGUGCAUUUAUACCUCAAUUUACACAGGUCAUGUCAGGUUUGGGUCUUAUGAGUAAUAUGUUGUUGAAGAGUAGUCAUGAUACUAAGUAUUACAGUAAUAUUUUUGUUAUUCAUUCUACAUAAUGCCACUUUGAUGACACCUAUCAGUUAAAGCUAAAGGCUAAAGAUUAGGGAGGCAGGUUUUAUACUGUUGUUUAUUUGGGGUUUUAGGCGCAAACCGACGCUCCAAUCAGAGCCGACAAUGUAUUGAUGCAUGUAAAUAUUUUUUUUUUUUUGUAUGUAUUGGCAUGAUCUUUAUCUCAAACUGUGUAGUGUCUUCUCAGCCGGAUGCAUUCGAAAAUGUUUUUUCAAGUUCAUGUGGUGAGUCAGGACUGACAGUCGGACCGACUGGCUGCUGUGCCUUAAUACGACUGAGGGAUAACCCCCAUGUCCCCAUUUUUUUUAUAUAUAUAAAAGAUAGUCGUGCAAUAUAUGCCUUAAAGUUUAAAUGUGUGUUUUGUAUCAGCAUUUCAAAGAAUAAAAGUUCAGUUUUUCAUAAA